AUGUCCUGCGUGUUAAACGCUGUCGUCAUCCUUGUCAUCACAUCAUUCCACAUCCACCAAUCUGUCGCGAACACCGUUACAGCAGCCCCCGGAGAACAAACCAACACCACAAAUGCUUCUGAAAUCGGCGAUGAAUUCGAAGACGAUCCCACCAUCAUAAGAUUCAUUCAGUUGAAAUUGUUAAAUGAUCCAUUGAUGGUCGUGUUGGCCAGUUACGUGUGGCAACCGAAGUCACCAGCCGAGUGGAAUUUUGAUGAAGAAGGAGGCAAGAGGUUCACCAGCGAGGGAGGCAAAGUAGAGUAUGAUAUCAUCGUUGCAGGAGUUCCAGUGACUUUGAGGGUGAACGCGGAAACCGUUCGAGGCCACCCUAAACUGUACAAAGUAGAGGAUUCAAAAGUUUACGACGUAAGCUGCACGCUGCAGGCCUCCUUCCCUUACGAAUCCAUCCCCAACAACUACUGGAUGCUGCGUCUGAGCAUUAAAGAUAAGAACAGGCAUCCUUCUUCGAAACGUUUCUCUUCAUUCCGUAAGCAGAUCACUUCCAACGCACCUGUCUUAUUGAACAAAACUUGGAAAUUGAAAUAUAUCGAGUCCCUACACAGGUCCAUGCUGACGUGUUCCCUCUACACCAGCACUAUGAAGCUCAACAAAACGAUCACAAAGGGUACGUUUUCAGACACCAAAGUCCUAAUGACCAAAUCAGACGAUGCUCUUGAUCAAGCGUACAUGAACAACGUGAGAAUCGGCAUCAUACUGGCAUUAGCCAUUUCCGUGCUACUGUCCAUGCUAUCUGGUUUCCUUUAUCGUCGGCGGCGAGACCUGGAAAGCAGCAGCGUCGACACGGAACAAAAGGAGGUUGGAGGCAACCAGACGACCAACGAAAGAUCGAGUCUCGAGACGUCAGCCACCAUCUUCCCAUCAGUAACGUCUUCUCAGAACAACUGA